AUGGGACGUGUUUUUUUGGAACAUCUUGGUGGUCAACGCAUUUUUUCUUGUGCACAUUGUGAAACACCAUUAACAAACCGCAAUGAAUUAGUUUCAACACGAUUUACGGGAGCAACAGGUCGUGCAUUUCUAUUUAGCCGUGUUGUCAAUACCAAACAAAGUGCUGUACAGGAACGGAUGAUGUUAACUGGUCGCCAUUUCGUUCGAGAUAUAAGUUGUAAAAAAUGUGAUGCUAAACUUGGUUGGAUGUAUGAAUUUGCAACAGAAGAAACGCAACGUUAUAAAGAAGGACGAGUCAUUCUUGAGCGUGCAUUAAUUAAUGAGACCGAUGGAUUUUAG